AUGUCGGCGGUGGACGAUGCCCCCGUCAAUCCAAUCCUGAACUACAUCCAGCAGCUGACCGAGACCAAGAAGGGUCUGCCUUUUCAUCAACCAGUCGCCGUCUUGACCUCCCACACUGUUACCGACUCUGCGACGCUGUUUCGGCUGGUGUCCGAGAUUGGCCCUCACAUCGCGGUGCUCCAGGUCCAAGCCGAUGUCAUUGACGACUGGUCGGACGAGGUCAUCGACCAAUUGACCUACUCUGCGAAGAAAUACGGGUUUAUCUUGUGGGAGGGAAGUCGCAUCCUCAAUUCCACUGUCAAUCUCAUGGGCCGCGGGCGGGCCAAUUUGGCAACCCGGAAGACGAUCGCGGAUCUCGCCAAAGGGAGAUAUGUAAAUGGCGCCGCCAAAACGGCAACCUGGGCCAACCUGGCGACCUCCUGGGCGUCGGGGGUGGCGUUGGACCAACAGGAGCAGGACGUCCUGCUCCCGACCCUUCGCAAAGCAGCUCGGGAAGCUGUCGCGACCACGGCAAAAACAAUCGAAACAGAAAUCUCCGUCGCGGACGGCGCUGAGCCUGUCGAGCAAGAACAGACCCCAACAUCUCCGCCAACUCAAAAUGGUUGGCACGAAUUUUCGGCGGACAUGGGCUACGCAUUGAGGAAAUCCUCCACCAUAUCCGUCACGGAGAGCGUCACCCUCCAACCCCACGUCGAACCGGAAGACGGGGUACCAGCUCCACCGUUGUUGUCCCGCGCCAUGGCCCUAUGCCUGCCAUGCGAUGUCGACACCGCAUUCACCUUGGAAUUUCGACAGGGCACCAUAGCGGCCGCUUGUGCCAACCAAGAUUUCGUCGCUGGCCUCCUUACCAGCGAACCGUUGUUCUGCGAAUACCACGGAAAUAAUUUGAUCGAUCUCGCUGUCCCGGAGGGAUGCGAUGUGUCAGACGAGAUGGAGCAUAAUUUGCUUGCCUACUCGCCGUACCUAGAGCGAAAUCACUCCGUCGGCCUGUUUUCACUGGUUCCUCCUGAGCUCGCCUAUGCCUUUGAAUCGGAUCCGAUACACACCCUCAAUGCCGAUUCAACAUCCCCAGGUGGCCAGCCUCGGAGCGUCGCCAAGCUAGAAUAUAUGGUCGGCAAGGCAUUAAAAAUGCGCGACGCCAACCGCAAGGAGAAUGAAGGCAACCAGGUUCCUAAGGAUCUUCCAAAGGGCCCCAGUGUUCUCCAGUGCCCGAUGGUCAUUCUGCCUUGA